AUGGCUCGAUCUCCUCAAGAGAAGAAACAGGCGUGGUUUACCUGGUUAUUUGAUUUGGUCGACCUCAGCUCUGACACGGCCAUCCCUGUGGCUCCAUUUCACUGGGCCCAUGCCAACUUGGGCUCACUUCGUAACCUUUUACUAAGGGCUGUGGAGGCGGAGUUGCAAGCUGCUCUGAACGCAGCCGGUGUCCGGCGUGCCAAGUUUUCUGCAGCUCGUGCAACUGAACCUGAAGUGAUGGGGCCGAAACGAAAGAAGAAAGAAGAUGUGGUUGCACCAGAGAAAGUCACACCUGAUGCGAAGCAUCCAAGACCAGCUGAUGGUGAUGAAGAAAUGAAAGAUGAACCACCUCCCCGAAACCUUCUUGGUAGCCUAGACGAUGCUGCAGGGGAAGACUGCGACACGAUGGAUCGCCCCGAAGCUACUGGCGUCACUACUGCAGACACCGUGGACAAGAGCCCCGAAGAUUUCACCAAGAUGUCAACUCUGAGUAUGUCACCGGGGAUGAUGGACAAUAUAGCGGAUACUCUGAAGGCUGCUUCCUCUUCAGAAGCUCUUGUUGCUACGCCUAGCCCUUUGGAACGGCCUGCAGCCCCGCCCACCAUUGUUGCUGAUGAGGCACGGCCAGUGGACAUCGCGAAGGUGAAAGAGGAUCUUGGUGGCGAUGGAAUCGUUGUGCCAGUGGCCACCCCAACACGUGCGAUGCUGCAGUACUGGCAGCGAUGGAAAGUACCAAAAAACUCGAGCGGAUCAAUGUCGACUUCCACGUUGAUGUACACUCCAGCGAGCAACCCUGUUUCUACAGCACCAGCACCAGGGUUGACCGACCCUGCACCCGAAGCAACUCAUGUGGCAUCAGCCCCAAGCUUUGCAGCAGCAGCAUUGCCAGCCCCAGCCGAACCCGUUGCCGAAGCACCAGCUCCCAGCUCUGCACCACCAGCUCCCAGCUCUGCAGUGGCAACAUCCCCUGCCCUGUCAGCAUCAACUUUGCUUGAUGAUCCCAAAAGUCCUGAUGUUAUCGUGGUUGAAUCAGUAUCCCCUGCAUUUGGUUCAUACCACCCUGAUAACCAGCUAGGAUUAGAAGACACAGCACCAGCAGAACCAGCAGCCACACCGGUUGACACCCCUGCAGAAGCACCUGUGUCAGUUGAGCCAACCCCUGGAGCAACUCCGAAAGCACCCGAGACAUCAGCGGGCACACCCACCGCGACCCCCAGUGACGUGGCAGCUGCACUGAAACGGGCAACAACAGUGGAUUUGUUACCACCCACUGCCCCACCAGGCAGUGUUGCAAGCGGGGUGCCAAGCGAGGUGCCAAGCACGGUGCCAGCGGGCAGUGGCGUCGUGCCAGAGACGACGAAGGACAUACCACCAAAUGGAUCUGCAGCAGCAAUUGCCUAUAGACGAAGACGAGCUUGGAAAGCCAGAUUCCAUAGAACUGGUACAAGCCCAAACACGCCGGAUGUGGUAAAGGAGAAGUUCAAGGAGGUGCAAGCUAGCAAAAGCAAUUUGGAGUGGGACAAACUGUUUGAUCAAUGGGUCGCUUGCGGUGAAAACUGGUGGAAGUCAGAACUGUUUAUGGAAUCCAAAUCCACGAAAGAAGUUGCCCGAAUGGGAAAAUGGAAGACCAUGUCCCGGGCAGACCUCCUCGAAAAGUACCACCAUGAUGCUACGCUUGUGGAUGACCUAAUCAGUCGGAAAACGGACGACAAACUCUUUGAGAGCAACCCUGAUUUCCCCAAGAGAGAGGACCUCCGAGUCUACUGGUGCUGGGAUUCCAGCAUCGAGACCGACCGAGAUGCCCGGUUGAAUUCCAUUGGCACCAGAUCUUCUGGCGCAUUGGAUUGCUCCACAGCCUCAAGUUUGCAGUCUGCUCCCUUGGCAGCAUCAAUGACUACUGGAUCUACUGGAUUCUUGCGUUCAGCUGGAGGAGGGACCCCUGCUGCACCAGCCAAGCCAGCCAAGCCCGAACCAAAACCAAAAUCGAGUAAGCCACCGAAAGCAAAGACGGCCUCACAAGAGGCAACAAAGGUGAUGAAGGAUGUGUCCAGCGCCAUCCUAGAGUGCAAGAGUUGGAAGAACAAGUUGGAAGCUGCUGGUGCGCCAGCGAACAUGAUUCAAGCCCUGGUGAACGAUUGCAAUUCGCAUUUGUCUAGCAUGGAGAUCAGUCGACAGACCCUUGAAGGUGCUGUUGCACAAGGGGAAAAUGAUGAUGAACUUCGUGCAAAGAGUGCUGAACUUGCCAAACACUUGGCAGAUUACAAAAAUGCAGCAAAGCACUGCAGAAAGCACUGUGCCCCCCCAAAGCAGCCAAAGAGCAAGGCUGCUCCAGCCGCGGGGGCAACAUCUUGAGCUGCCUCGUUUUGACAGUUGGAACGCUGUUCUUAGAGCUAAGGGAGCCAUGGCCGGCCAUGGCAAAACUGCG